UCUAAUGAGUCAAGGUUAGAGACAUCACGCUUCAAGUCUCCAAUCGCCAAUCUCCUGUUCGGCUACUUUGAAUUUCAUAUCUUGCCCCGUCGUUAAUAAUCUGGCCCUCAGGACAUCUACUCUGGAUUCCAAAUGCAAAUGCUACGAAUUAUGACUGCUUCGUUUGCUCUUUUGGGGAUUAUUUUUCUUCGUUUCUGCGCGAGGUCGUCGUAAAAGUGGUAAGACCGAUCACCUGACCUGAACGGAUACAGUAUAUUCUGUCAUUUUAUCGUCAACACAGUAGAAAACAGCGGUUUCAACGGUUUGCGGGAAAGGAUCCUUUUCCUAACUGACAGUAACACCGACAAUAUGAGAGGCAAGUCGACUGUAAAAGCUUAACUGUGCUUUGCUAUACACUACAGGUGUUUUUUAUAACAUAGUGACGGGGCGGUGACUUCUCAUAACUUAAAUUUCACGCUGGUUUGCAAUAUUUCGAGCAACGAUGGUAGGUUGUAAAUUUCAUAAAUUUUGCUGUGGGUAGAUUGCUAAUGAAUUUGGCUCAACGGGGGGUGAGCAGAAUAACUCAAAUAACGUUGGCAUAAUAAUAAUUCACUGAAAAAUUUAAAUGUUUCGCACCAUAAAUAUGGCGUUAUGACUCCUCUGUUGUCCUUUUCGCGUGAUGCGUAUUGAAAAGUUUUGUUCCUGAGUAUUAAAAAUUCUCACAUUCUCGUGGCAGAUUUCUCAAAGGACCUCACAAAGCCAUGCGAUUAGUUCACAAUUUUUUUACAUUUGCGGAAGUGGAAAUUAAGAAUAGCUCUUUUGUGAAAUACUAAAAUGCGCUUCAUCGCCAACAGAGCAGCCAUUAGCGCAAAUAAAAUCGGCGAGAAUUUUAAUUUUUACAACCUUCGGUAUACUGGAAAUCUUUGAGGAUGGGUAAUAAAACGUUUGUUUAAUUUGAAGAAAAACUCAAAACUGAAGUACAUUUUCCCUUAAUGACAGAACGUAUAAUUCGGUUUUUCCCAGGGUGAGAUGUUCUUUGCACGUCGACUAUGAUCGAAUGUUAACCGCCGGACCGUGGCAUGUCGCUUUGUGAUAAUCCUAGCACCUUAUAAAGGAGAAUUUUGUUCGAACGAUCGACGUCUGCUGCUGUGAAAUUUCCUUCCUUCCGACCAAAAAAUCCCAAGCUGACCGAAUUUUCGUAAGUUUUAAUAGGAUUCUCUAGAUCACAUCAAUUGUCGUCUGUGGAUGUCACUCGCGAUAUUAUUUCUUCAGUUAAUCAUGAGCUUCAAACAGUUAUUAUUCGGAAGUGAAGUAAUUUAUUAUUUCUCGCCUUUUCAUCUAAUGUGUUUUCUUUUCGUCUCUUGUUCUCGGUUCCGCAUUCGGAACAAAUACCGAACGCUUACAAUCACAGUCUUCGUAUUCGAUUCAUUUCUCACCGAUUUUAUUGUUGAUGUCCUAGGUUUUGGAAUUGGAAAAUCGUGAUAUGAUAAUUUGUUAGCAUCGGCCAUGGCAGGAGUCUUUGAAGCUGGAGAUAUAGUCAAGUAUGGUGAAAUGAUGAUCAAGAGACCUCCAACCCAUGCAAAAGUUCGGAUUAAGGUAAUUGAUUUUUAGUAGAAAUUAACGUGCCUAUUACCACAAACCUAGUAUGUUUAGUGAAGUCACAAGUCCAAUCAAGUGGACUUCUAACAACUUCUAGAUACAAAUUUGCCAUUUUGUUUUUGCAUGCAAUAUCGAUAUGAGGUAUAUGUGGAAGUUGCAGUUUGGCUAAUUUUUUUGCUCCAAAGCUCUUUAACAUCUAAUCUUCUUGAUCUGUGAGGUGGCGUUGGUACUAUUCUCGCAGAUCAACUUCAUCAAGACUACAGUACUACUGUAGUUCAUUGCUAAGAAACAGGGCAGCCUCUUUUAUUUUAACAAUGCUUCGCCACCCACUUACUCGUGUAAUUGGCUGUCAAAGGGAUGGCAAAACAGAUGUUCAUAUAAUACCACAGUCAUUAGUCUCAUUGAUGAGCUGCAUCAUGAAAAUGAAAAGUUUCCUUAAUUUAAAGGUUUUGUUAGUGCUGUAACAGUGUACAAACAUCCUUUUUAGCAAAACAGUCAUCAAGGACUUCCCUCACUAAAUUUUUUGUGGUACAUUAUACAUGAAUGCAGAAAGGGCUAGACACAGCUGUGUUAUGGAUAAUAUUGUUUUGUCUUUUUCACCACAUAAUUAUCACGUGAGCAGUUACAUGUAUUGGGAAGAAGACACACAAAAUCAUGCUCAACGUGAAAAUUAAAUUAUAAAUUAUGACUCGGGAAUGUUGAGAAAUUUAAGAUUUACAUUCCCAUGUGUUCAGUAUUGUGUUAUACAGACAGACUUAUGUUGAAUGCAUGAACACCUUAAGGGUAAUGUAAAUAAAGGCUUGAAAAACCAAUGCAAAAACCGUGAACAAUCAAUGUUGCUCAAUGUUGGAUCAAACAAGAUCGUGAUCAGUCGCAAAAGAUAGAAAUAAAAUUUAAAGUCAAAAAGACUACUACUGCAAAG